AUGUGGUGCUCGCUCUUCACCAUCCUUGUUGCCAUCUUCGACCUCUGCGCCCUCAUGAAGCACGUGACCAUGUUUUCGGAAGACAUUUUUGCGGGCCUCAUCAGCUUGAUCUUCAUCAUCGAUGGGGUAAGGCCGAUCAUCGAGAACUUCACGGAGAGCAGGAUGACCCUGACGGCUCUACUCUUCAUCUAUACCUUCGGCCUGGCGACCUACCUGUCCCAUUUCCGCCGAACGCCGUGGCUCCUGAGGUCCCUGCGCAAUCUCAUGGCCAACUUCGCCGUGACGAUCUCGCUGGUCACAGCCUCGGCGCUGGCGGCUAUCUACUCCAGCGACACAUCCCUGAGGAUGCUGAGUGUGGAUGCAGACUUCUCCCCGAACUUGGUGCUGUCGGAUGGCAGCAAGCGGCCUUGGAUCGUGAAUCCCAUGGGCAUCGAAAAGGACUUCCCAGCCUGGGGCAUCGCUUACUCGGUCCUUCCUGCGCCACCCGAGAGCUUCUUCAGUCAUGUGUUGUUGAUCGGGUUCGCCGUGCUGGGAUACCUGGACCAGAACCUGACCUCCGUGAUCGUGAAUCGCCCCUCCAACAAUUUGAAGAAAGGUCCUGGAUAUCAUCUUGAUUUAUGUGUGAGAGGGGCUUUGACUCUCUCUGCAUGCGCCGUGCUGGGCCUGCCGCUGUCGGUGGCCUCCACGGUGCCCAGCAUCACGCACGUGAUCUCCCUGACGACCUACGAGGUGAAGCAGCUGCCCGAGGGCGAGGUCAAACGCCCGGCAAAGGUGGUGGAGCAGCGCGCCACCAACUUCUUGAUUCAUGUCCUUAUUGGGUGUGCACUGUUCCUCGCCCCGGCGUUGAAGUUCCUGCCGCGGGCCGUGCUGCAGGGCGUCUUCUUCUACAUGGGCAUCGCCUCGCUGACGGGCAACAACCUCUUCGACCGCCUCUGCUUGUGGUUGAUCUGGGACCCUGCGAAGUACCCGCAGUACCAUUACAUCCAGAAGCUGCCCAUCAAGCGGGUCCAUCUCUACACUGUCGUCCAGGUGGUCUGUUUGGGCAUCCUCUACGGUCUCAAGGCCAUCAAGGAGACGUCGGUGGUCUUCCCCUUCUUCAUGGCCUCUCUGGCCAUCAUCCGCAAGGGCAUGAGGUUCCUGUUCUCCGAAGAGGAGCUGCAACUGCUGGACAGCCUCCCGGAUGAGGACGGAGAUGCUGAGGUGAGUAAAGAGGCACCCGACCUGAUGAACCUCGAGAAGGGCAAAAAGGAGGGCAAGGGGGAGAAUGAGGAGUCCAAGAAGGCUGAGCGUGAAGUGUGA